AUGAAGACGGAGAGCGUGGCGCAGAGUGUGCCCUUCAGCGGCAGAAAGCGGAGUCUCAUCGAGGACGCGCGCAGGGACAGGGAGAGGGAGAGGGACAGGGAGAAGGACAAAGAGAGAGACAGGGAGAGAGACAGGGGAAGCACAGCCACAGCAUCUCCGGGUCCAUCGCGCAGCGGGGACAACGUGGUGUUUGAAGAAAAAAGCGGGAAAGUGACUCUCCAUCUCGUCUUUACGCAAAAGAACGACAGAAAUGCUGGCCUCUUCAAGGCUGGGAAAGUCUUCGAGACCUUUGAGGCAAAGUUGCUGCACCUGGAGAGCCGUGCAGCUCGGAGGUGUAAGAAGAUGCCCUCCGAUGAGCUGGAGUUCUUCAUGCAGUGUGAAGUGCACAGCGCUGACACCGACACCUUCAUUAACGCGCUCAGAAGAGUGGCAGAUGAAGUGCGGCUUCUGCAGGACGACCGGGUUCCCUGGUUCCCACGAAAGAUCAGCGAUCUGGACAAAUGCACUCACGUAAUUACAAAGUACGACCCUGACAUCGAUCAAGACCACCCUGGGUUUAACGAUGCAGAAUACAGAAAACGGAGAGCGUUAAUCUCUGAAUUGGCUUUCAACUAUAAACACGGCGACCCUUUACCAUAUGUUGAAUAUACUCCAGAAGAGGUUGCCACUUGGAGAGAUGUAUACAGGACUUUAACCUCCAUCUAUCCGACUCACGCAUGCAGACAGUUCCUGGACGGCCUGCAGCAGCUGGAGAAAGAGUGCGGCUAUGGAGAGGACAAAAUCCCUCAGCUUAGAGACGUGUCCAGUUUCCUGAAAGAAAAGACAGGCUUCCAGCUGCGCCCAGCCAUGGGAUUGCUGUCUGCACGUGACUUCCUGGCGAGUCUGGCAUUCAGGGUGUUCCAGUGCACACAGUAUAUUCGCCAUUCCUCAUCACCCAUGCACUCACCAGAACCAGACUGCUGUCACGAGCUGCUCGGACACAUCCCCAUGCUUACAGACAAGGAAUUCGCUCAGUUUUCACAGGAGAUUGGACUGGCUUCUCUUGGAGCAUCUGAUGAGGACAUUGAAAAGCUGUCUACUCUCUACUGGUUUACGGUUGAGUUUGGGCUCUGCAAGGAGAAUGGAACAGUGAAGGCAUAUGGUGCCGGACUUUUAUCCUCCUACGGAGAACUUAUGUAUGCGCUCUCUAAUGAACCCCAAUACAAGCCGUUCCUCCCUGCUGAGACAGCGGUCCAGUCGUACCAGGACCAGACGUACCAGCCCAUCUACUUUGUCUCUCAGAGUUUUGAGGAUGCUACGAACAAGAUGAGGCAGUACUCCUCCAGCAUCCAGAAGCCAUUCUCUAUAAGAUACGACCCGUACACCUGCUCCAUGGAGAUCCUGGACGAGCCGGCUAAGAUCCAGAACGUUCUGGGCCAAAUGAACGAGGAGCUGAAGAUUCUGCACAGUGCGUUGGAGAGACUCGGCCAGAGACGAGCCUGA